ACUUCGGAUUACACAAACCAGGAACUUUAAAGUCAGAAAAAGCUAACAUAUAACGCCUACAUAAUUAGUCUGUUUUUGUCUGCCUGCUGUCAGAGAAGUCACCAUGACUCCACUGCCAAAUUGCUGGAUGUAUUUAGUUGCCCUAUCUCUGGCAGUGAACUCCAGUCAUGGCUUAAGAAGAAUUGCUCUCAAGAAGAUGCCAACCAUCAGAGAGACGCUACAGGAGACGGGAGUUUCUGCAGAGCAGGUGUUGACUGAACUGGCCCAGAUGAAUGCAGCCGACCCCAACAAUGGGACAGUUCCCACACCUUUAACAAACUACUUGGAUACUCAGUACUUUGGAGAAAUUAGUAUUGGCUCCCCAGCCCAGAUGUUCAAUGUGGUGUUUGAUACAGGUUCAGCCAACCUGUGGGUGCCCUCGCACAGCUGCUCACCUUUUUCAACAGCUUGCUUCACUCACAACAGGUAUGAUUCUUCCCAAUCCCACACUCAUGUUGAGAAUGGGACCGGAUUUUCAAUCAACUACGCGUCUGGAACUAUCAGGGGAUUUCUGAGCGAGGAUGUUGUUGUGGUCGGCGGCCUCCCGGUUGUUCAAGUAUUUGCUGAAGCCACCUCUCUGUCUGCCAUGCCAUUUAUUUUUGCCAAGUUUGAUGGAGUUCUGGGGAUGGGCUAUCCUAACGUGGCCAUUGAUGGCAUUACUCCAGUGUUUGAUCAAAUUAUGUCUCAGCACAUCCUCAAAGAAGAAGUUUUUUCAAUCUACUACAGCAGGGACCCAAAACACUCCCCUGGCGGAGAACUACUCCUCGGGGGAACUGACCCAAACUACUACACUGGAAAUUUUAAUUAUCUGGAAACAAGAGAGAUGGGAAAAUGGGAGGUCACCAUGAAAGGGGUUGCUGUGGGGGCGGAGAUGAUGUUUUGUGCAGAGGGCUGCACAGCUGUGAUUGACACAGGCUCCUCAUACAUCACAGGUCCGGCCUCCUCCAUCUCAAUGCUGAUGAAAACCAUUGGAGCUCAGCUGGAUGAAACUGGAUAUAAAGUCAACUGCGACAUUGUGAAGAUGUUGCCUAGUGUCACGUUUCACCUGGGAGGCCAGGACUACUCUCUGACGCAUGAAGAUUAUAUAAUCUGGCAAUCACAGUUCGAAGGAGACGUCUGCAUCGUCUCCUUCAGGGGCUUGGAUGUGCCACCGCCUACAGGUCCAAUCUGGAUCUUGGGAGCCAACUUCAUUGCCCGAUACUACACAGAGUUUGAUCGUCGCAAUAAUCGGAUAGGGUUUGCUACUGCAGUCUGACAAUAACAUCAAGUUCAGUUAUGUUCAUCUUUCUCCCCACUUUAUUUUUUUACUGCUGUUUUCCAUCUUUUUCUUGUCAACUCUAAGUGGGGGACUGACUUUCAUCUGCUUACAAGAUGAGUAUUUUUUAAACAGCUUUUACUGAUGUUUUUCUCUUUUAUUUGACUCAUGUUGCACUAUAAAUUAUAAAAAAGUAAUUUUUACUCUUGUUUAUCAAUAAAUUAAUGCUUUCUGUCUGUCACUCUGCUUGUUAUUAAAACACAUAUAUAUAUUUCAUGAGAAUAAAAUUGCUGUGCAAGAUAUUGUUCUUAUUUGUUUCCAUCUCAGUGUAGUGUAUGCAUUUUGGGACCAAGCGUAUGCUGUAGUUGGAAACAGACACUGCAACAUAUUUUAUCUAUAACAUCAAUGCUGGGUCAACAUAUUUAUCAUCAUAAAAUGUCAUUAAUGUCCUGAAGGUGACAACGAUCUAUUGUGAAAAUUUCGGUGUGUUUAAGCAAGAUACAAAACAAAUUAGCCUUUCUUUCUGUCAGCUUGAUUUCAUAAGGUGCGAAAAAAUCAAAGGAUUUAUAUUACAAUGUAGGCGUUUUGCUGUUUGGCCAGUUGGAGGUGUAAAUUGAAGAUGCGCUGCUCAAGUUUUUCUUUACCAACAACAAUUUCCAGUUUUCCUUGAGAUCUGACCUGCUGAUAUUUUUUUUUUCUAAGGAGUAUAGCAAAAGAAAAAAUCUGCAGUAGAUAUUUUGAAAGAUGUAAAAGUGCUGAAUUAUACAGCUUGCCAAUUUUAUUUUAAUUAUUCCUUAAAGUGUCGGUAUUAUGCAAAAUUUACUCUUUUUAGUAUUAUAUCAUGUUAUAACGUUAUUCCCUCACCAAAAACAUGUUGCUUUGACUUGUCUUUGAAUCUCCCAUGCAGCCGUUGGUGGCUGCCUAAACAUUUGCUCAUACACUGCACAGCCUUGGCGCUGCAGUGACCAGCAUAGCUCGCGCCCCACAAAGCACCUCUACUCUGUUCAGCACCACCAGACUUUCAGCAAUAGCAAUUAGCAGACACCUGGUAGAACUGAGUGUCUGCUGAGAUGUCAUGCGAACAUCAACUCUCCUAAAAACGGUUGUAAAUGACAUCAGUGCAUGGCAUGAAGAAGCAAUGUUGUGAUGAAGGCAGAGUGUUGCAAAGGGUAGGAGGUUCUUAAAGAGAUAGAGGCCAAUUUCAAGGUUUCAGAUCUAUGAUUGACAGUCAAAAACAUUUUAAAUCGUUUUGAUAUACAUCAUUGUUUACAACAACUGAAGGUAACAGAGUUAAUCCCUUGAAAAUACAUGAUAUCCAUCCUUUAUCAAAAAUGAAAAACUUAUGUCCCUUUGCUCUAAAUCCUGUACUUAGCUGUCAGUUUAUAGAAAAUGCUGGAAGUUCUUAGUUUUGAUGCAUUUUUCAAACAUGACAAGUAAUUUUUUGUUGUUUUAUUAUUCUACUGGUGAAACUCUACUGCAAACCAUUUGUGAUUUAAAAAUAAUUUAAAAAGACACUUCAUGUUUUUUGUAGACGCCUCUCUGUGUCUGUGCAGUUUUUAUCAGAAAAUCAAACUGUUCUUGUUAAACUCUUGUCUUUUAAAAAAAGAGGCUCAACAUUAAACAAGCUGAGUAAUCAAAAACUUGCAAGCAAACAUGGAUCUUUAGGAAAAUUAUUUGAGAACGUCAUUACAGUAAUUGAACAAUGGCAGAAAUUCCCAGCCCAGAUGACAGGGGACAUGAUAAAACAAUACAAAUUACAACAGCACUUUCAUUUAUCAGUUGCCUUUGUCAGAUCUUUUUGUCCCAUUUUCUCCAAACUCCACAGGAAGUCCACUCUGUAGUGACAAUAGAGAAGUAAUGUGUCGUUGCUCCCAUAUCCUUGAAUUGUCAUCCUGGGACUGUAUCUGUUGAAAGUGCACUGUGAGGUGAGGGUGGACUCACCUCACGGUUAAUCAUUUAAGUGCACUUAAUCGGUGCAUUUAAUCAAAAAUCCAGCCAAUGCAUAAAUAGCUCUCUUAGUAUGAGUUAGCAUAAGUACUCUGAGUGGAAAACUGUCCAAACAAUCACUAACAUCACUAACAUCCACUCCUGUAAUUGAGGUCUUUCAAACUGUUUGCUACAUAUAAUUGUUGCUGAACUAUACCAACAAUAAGCAUUUAUUUAAAAAAUCCAGAUAUGUUGAAUGUUGUGUGACCAUAUGAUUGCUGAGUGGGAGCUCGCUUCUUGUGUGUGGAUGGAUGGAUGUUUGCCUUUCUUUUAAGGAGACAGAUGUAAGGAAAAAUAAAUAUUCACACUGUGUUUACUUUUAUUAGAAGUUUAUUUACUAUUAAUCUUACAAAGUUUGAUCUGUUUUAUUGUACGAAGAUCCACCAGCUGAAGUUAUUGGUGAGGCAAACAGAAAAGAGGAUGUAACUGUUCUUAAUUAUAGAUUCACCCUGUGAGCUGGUUCUGUCUGAGUCUGUUCCAUUCCAUCUUUGUACAUGUGCUAAUCUUGAAGGCUCUUUGGGUAUGUGUUAACGCACUCUGAUAAGUCCCUUUGAUUUCUGAAGGGGUGUAUAAAAAUAGGGGAUCACAAUGUCUAGUUCGGAGUUUGUCUGACAGCCUAACUGAAUGCAAUCUCUCCGCCUCAGCUAAGGUGUUUUAUGUUUCAAUAAAGUUGUGUUUGUUCUUU